ACUUGCUACCCGAAGUCCGAAGAGAAGAGAAGCGUCACUCUCGCUUGCCGAAAUCAGAUGGCGUCGUCAGAUACGUCGUGCUGCGGAGCCGCGUUCUGGUUCGACCUGGUGAUCAUCAUAGCUCUCGUCGCCUUCGCUGGGCUGAUGGCAGGUCUAACCCUCGGUCUGAUGUCUCUCGGAUUAGUCGAUCUCGAAGUUCUCAUCAAAUCCGGCCGUCCUCAAGAUCGAAUCAACGCCGGUAAGAUAUUUCCAGUAGUGAAGAAUCAGCAUCUGUUGCUCUGUACCCUUUUGAUCGGAAACUCUAUGGCUAUGGAGGCUCUGCCAAUAUUCUUGGAUAAAAUUGUGCCUCCAUUGGCUGCUAUUGUUAUCUCAGUCACUCUCAUUCUUGUCUUUGGAGAGAUAAUGCCACAGGCUGUUUGCACUCGGUACGGGCUCAAGGUUGGAGCCAUAAUGGCUCCUUUAGUUCGUGUUCUUCUCAUUCUCUUCUUCCCUAUUGCUUAUCCUAUCAGUAAGGUUCUUGAUUGGAUGUUGGGUAAGGGACAUGGUGUUCUUUUACGGAGAGCUGAGCUCAAGACAUUCGUGACUUUCCAUGGAAAUGAGGCUGGGAAAGGUGGAGAUCUUACAACCGAUGAGACUUCCAUCAUCACAGGUGCACUUGAAUUGUCAGAAAAGACAGCAAAAGAUGCAAUGACUCCCAUAUCCAACGCAUUCUCCCUGGAUCUUGAUUCAACUCUUAAUCUAGAAACUUUGAAUACAAUCAUGUCAGUUGGUCAUAGCAGAGUUCCAGUUUAUUUCAGAAAUCCUACACAUAUAAUUGGCCUCAUUCUGGUUAAAAAUCUUCUGGCAGUUGAUGCAAGAAAAGAAGUUCCUCUGAGGAAAAUGAUCAUGAGAAAGAUUCCACGUGUAUCUGAAACCAUGCCCUUAUACGAUAUCCUAAACGAGUUCCAGAAAGGCCACAGCCACAUUGCAGUUGUCUAUAAGGAUCUUGACGAGCAUAAAGUAUCUCCCGAAACAAGUGAGAAUGGUAUUGAGCGCAGAAAAAACAAAAAAACUAAAGAUGAGUUGUUUAAGGACAGUUGCAAGAAACCAAAAUCUCAGAUUGAAGUAUCAGAGAAGGAAGUAUUCAAAAUUGAAUCCGGAGAUGCAAAAUCCGGUAAGAGUGAGAACGGUGAGGAGCAGCAGGGGAAGACGACUCUCACCGCUGCUCCAGCUAAGAAGCGACAUAGAGGCUGUUCCUUCUGCAUUUUGGAUAUCGAGAACUCUCCUAUACCUGAUUUCCCUCCGAAUGAAGAGGUUGUAGGCGUUAUCACCAUGGAGGACGUCAUCGAAGAGCUUCUUCAGGAAGAGAUCCUUGACGAAACCGAUGAGUAUGUGAACAUCCACAACAGGAUAAGAGUUAACAUGCAUGCUUCCCAGGAAAAUCUACCAAGCGUGAUAACCUCUAUCACGCAAUCAUCAUCUGGUUCAACUAGUCCCAACCGAACAUCUCAUAUGGCCACACCAGAUUCGAGUCCUACAACAAAGCCAUUAGGAAAUCUGUAGAUUGUUCCCACUCUAUGGCUCCAAAACAUGAAUAUUCAAUAUAAUUUCUUGAUGAAGAUAAGAUAGAUAGUUAAAAAGGAUUUAACUUAUUAAAACACUGCUUUUUCUUUUGUUAAUGUUUUGGUGUUUGAGAUCGAAUACUUGUUAGUGGUUUGAUGGUUUAUUUAUUUGUACGUAAAGAAGAGGAUGGGUCUUUUCUGAACAAAUAUAAUACAAGAUUCUA